AUUGCUGCCCCUGCAAUCAACGGAAGCUUAGCUGAGUUGGGUUUGGUCUCGCCGCUGGCCGGAGUAGAGCGGUCCAUGUGCUGUACCGGCGACGAGGUGGCGGGACCCGGAGAGCAGCGGCGGCGGCCGCUCGACGCCGACGCCGGCGGCGACAAGGGCGCGGUGGCGACGACGUCGUCGUCGUUGUUGGCGGCGCCGAUGCUGUCGCGGCGGAGGCAGGCGGAGGAGAUGGCGGCGAUGGUGUCGGCGCUGGCGAGUGUCGUGGCCGGCGGCGGCGGCACGUCGUUGCCGGCGAAGAGGCCAGCCGAGAGAGAGCCCGAGGAGGGCGCCGCCGUGGAGGGGGUGUGGUGGUCGUACUGCAGUGAGCUCGCCGCCGCCGCCGCCGCGCCGUCGCCGGCGGCUCCAUUUCCGGCCGGCUACGUGCCAUCGCCGGGGCAACACUCGCCUGCGUCGGCGGCGGCCGGCGACGAGGAGGAGCUCCCGUCGCCGUCCUCGGCCGACUCCAGCGGCGGCACGGCGAGGAAGCGGUACAGAGGGGUGCGGCAGCGGCCGUGGGGGAAGUGGGCGGCGGAGAUCCGGGACCCGCACAAGGCGGCGCGCGUGUGGCUCGGCACCUUCGACACCGCCGAGGACGCCGCCCGCGCCUACGACGGCGCCGCCCUCCGCUUCCGCGGCAGCCGCGCCAAGCUCAACUUCCCCGAGCACGCCACCCUCCCACCGCCGCCGACGACGACGACGGCCGCCGCUCACCGGUGCCCGCCACCGCCGCGGACGGACGCGCUGCUGGAGUCGCAGGAGCUCUCUCCCGGCGCCGGCGGCGGUGACCCGUACUCUCAGUACGCGAGGUUCUUGCAGGGCUCCGGCGGCGACGGUGGCGAGGCGGCGGCGCGGCCCGGCGGUGGCGCCUCGCAAAGAACGCCACCCGCCACUACACUGCUCUACAGCUUCGAGGGAGACGCUGCUUCCGCCGCCUGCCUCUGGCAGCCGGAGAGCGGCGGCGGCGGGAUGGGGUGGCCGGCGACUUCGCCGGCGGCGUGGUUGGAGUACGGUUUCUACCCGCCGCCGGAGCGGCGCGACACGGACACGUAGGGUUAAUCACGAUGUGAUCCUGAGCGGAAUAGGCGGUGACGCUGACAGGUGGGGCCUACUUUUGCCAGGUGCGGUCAACGGUCAACCUGAAGUUGACGUGGCAUGCCACGUAAUGCGGCGGUCAACGGGUUCAGACGGAAGUGGGUCAUGGACGGCACGAGACGCCGUCAGAAAUAAAUGCUCGAAACUGACACGAUGGAUUACAUUGUUCGUCAAAUUCUCAGAGGGCCACAUAGUUGCAGGAGGGGGAAUUAUUAUUCAGCAUUGUUUUUUUCGUAAAAUUCAUCGCUCCAAAAACAUCACACAUCUCAAGCUUGUACGAAUGAAACUAGUGCAGUCUGAAGAUUUUCUUUUUCUGGUUUUAUAGAACAAAAGAUUUUUGAAGAAACCCAAUCCUAUGAAAAAAAAUUUCUUAUAUGAAAGGAAUGGGCAUCCAAAAUUCCUGUAAAAUUUCUCUGAAUUGGCUCAAAACAUGGCUAUGACAUGGCUUGUGUCUCA